GCUUCGUCAUCUUUGAAGCCUACCAUAAUGUUCAUUGACCUUAAUGUACCUGUGCCUACUGUGGUACCAAGGCAUACCCAGGGACAACCGCAAUCAAAGAAAAGCAAGGGGAAGCAGCAAUCCGCGCCUGAUUCUGUUGCAUUCACCCCGGCACAAAUCUCCGCAAUAGAAAGCCGGAUUGACCUGCUCGUACAUUUAGGAUACACCACUUUCGCGCUGAACCAGAUCGUGCAGCGCAAGGUUGAUGCGAAGACCCACAUCAACGUCCUGGACCCCCUGCUCGCACAGCUGCGCAGACGGACAAACGUGGUCAUUCUCAAGCGUAUAACUAUUGUGCUGGAUGAGGAGAGCGAAAAGGGCUUUGGCCUGACGACGCAGAACGCGCCGCUGUUUGAGCAAUACGACAUCAUUGCACUCCUCCCCACAACGCAAACAACAUUCUCCCAAGCCUGCCUCAGCCACAGCGCGCCCUCACCGCUCACCACGCACAUUAUCGCCCUUCCGCUCGCUCUUCCGCGGCUUCCCUUCCACCUCAAGCAUACCCUCGUCCGCACUGCGCUCCGGAACGGCGCAGCAUUUGAAAUCUGCUACGCAGGGGCACUAGGUGCGGAGGGAGAUCCGUGUGGCAGCGGUGGCGAGGGAGGCGGCGCGGCGAAGCGCAACUGGUGGGCCGGUGCACGAGAGGUGGUCAGGGUUACGAAGGGUGCAGGGGUCCUGGUCAGCGGCGGCGUGGUAAAUGACGCCGAUUUGCGCUCGCCCCGGGACGUGGGCAACCUGCUCACUAUUCUUGGGCUAGCGCAAAAUGUCGCGCACGAUGCCAAUAGCUCAGUUCCGCGAACACAGAUCAUACGUGCUCAAACACGGAGAACAUACCGGGCGGUGCUGUCAGAACCUAAAGUCAUCAUACCAGAAAAUAUGAUCACAUCCCAGCCAACACUCCUGCCGCUUCCAGAUUCUGAACCGACAUCUGCACUUCUACCUACUGUGCCAUCCUCUGCUGCUCAAGCGGACGCUCCUACGUCGGAGCCAGAGGCACCACAGAACGGCAAGAAAAGGCGGUUAAACGGAGGCGAGGACGAGGAUACACAGCCGCAAGGGGCGGCUACGGAGGGAAAAGAGGACAGUACGAUGCGGAAACGCAAGAAGAAAAAGACAAGGGAGAAUGUGACCGGGUAGUAGUAUACCUGCUACAUUCUCAAUUCCCCGACGCAUCUACGUACAACUUCACACUUGGCCUUUCUCGCCGUUGUUUGCAUAACUAUACGCUUUGUUGGGCA